AUGGUUGUGGAGGUAGAAAGCUUCUUUGGUGUGUACAUGCUGUACUGCACCAACCCGAAAUUCAAAGGCCGUAUUUACAUCGGCUUCACUGUGAACCCUGAGCGCAGGAUCGGACAGCACAACGCAGGACGGCACCGAGGGGGAGCCAAGAGGACCAGCGGAAGAGGACCAUGGGAGAUGGUUCUCAUCGUACAUGGAUUUCCCUCUGACAUUGCUGCCCUGAGGUUUGAGUGGGCGUGGCAGCACCCUCACUCCUCCAGGCGUCUCUCCCACGUCUCUCGGCGCUCCAGGAAAGAGUCGAGCCUGCAGUUCCACUGGCGGGUCGUCUCCAACAUGCUGCGGGUGGCACCGUGGAACAGGCUGCCGCUCACAGCCCGCUGGCUUAAGCAGGAGUACAGGAUGGACUUCGAGCCCAGUCUGCAGCCUCCACUGCACAUCCCCAUUGCUUUUGGGAGCGUGAGAGCCAAGAAGAAGCUGCCACUGCAGUCUGCAGGAGAGGAGGAGGAGGAAGAGGAGGAGACGUCCAGGUGUUGCCUCUGUAAACUGCUGGUCAAGGUGUCAGAAAAGCUGAGCUGUUUCCACCCGUCCUGUGGGAUGAAUAGUCACGUGGCCUGCCUCGCCAAACAUUUCCUGAAGUCCGAGCCAUCCCACCUCCUGCCAGUGGAGGGCGAAUGUCCGGCCUGCCGUCGCUCCUUGCUGUGGGGGAGCCUCAUCCGCCAUAAACACGGCUGCUUCGGAGACCUGGAGGAGAUCACACUGUCUGCAUCACAAAGCCACUGGGCAGAUGAGCUGCAGAUAUGAGGGAGUGGAGCCAGCAAAAAUGAACUUAAUGAAGUUUGGUGCCUCAUAUCGCUGUCAGAGAGAAUUGUGUGGAUUAUGUGUGAUGAAAUAUGCCUUCUAAAUUCAACAAAUGUACAGUAAACUCUUAAAAUCUGUCCAUUUUUAUAAUUCUGAUCAUGAAGCAUCUAAGUAAGUGUAUGUGUUUAAUGUAUUACAUAUUUAUGGGGGAAAAAAACAUGUUUUAAUGCAUUGUGUGACAAAUAAAAUUGUUUUGUACUGUA